AUGGCAGCUAGGAAGCGACGUUCAGCAAUAAACACCACAACGGCAAAACCCGACCCAGAUAAAACCAAUCCCGAAACCGUACAAUGCUUUAUAGGUUUUUUUAUUACAGUUUCUAUGAUUCCUGUGGCAUCGAAGUACGUGCUGAGGAGAAAUUUGUUUGGGUUUGAUAUUAACAAGAAAGGUACCUCUGAGGGAUCCAUUAAAGUGCCUGAAUCAUUAGGCAUUGUAGUGGGGAUAGUUUUUCUAGUUGUGGCAAUAUUGUUUCAAUAUUUUAACUUCACAGCAGAUUCAAAUUGGUUAAUUGAAUACAAUGCGGCACUAGCAUCAAUCUGCUUCAUGAUUCUGCUUGGAUUUGUCGAUGAUGUCCUUGAUGUGCCUUGGAGAGUGAAACUAGUGUUGCCAUCCAUUGCAGCUCUUCCAUUGUUAAUGGCCUAUGCUGGGCAUACAACUAUCAUUAUUCCAAAGCCUCUUGUUCCAUACGUUGGAUUAGAGAUUUUCGACUUAGGAUGGAUAUAUAAACUCUAUAUGGGACUCUUGGCUGUGUUUUGCACAAAUUCAAUCAAUAUUCACGCUGGCAUCAACGGCCUUGAAGUUGGGCAGACAGUUGUUAUUGCUUGUGCCAUCUUGAUACAUAAUGUCAUGCAAAUUGGGGCGUCAAAUGAUCCAGAAUACAAACAAGCACAUGCAUUUUCCAUUUACCUUGUUCAACCCUUACUGGCCACUUCUUUAGCUUUACUUUCUUACAAUUGGUAUCCAUCUUCUGUUUUUGUUGGCGACACAUACACGUACUUUGCGGGAAUGACUAUGGCAGUAGUUGGUAUUUUAGGCCAUUAUAGUGAGACACUUAUGAUAUUCUUUCUUCCGCAAAUUUUGAACUUCUUGCUCUCUCUUCCUCAGCUAGCUGGUAUUGUACCUUGUCCACGGCAUCGACUGCCUAGGUUCAAUCCUCAGACUGGCCUACUAACAGGGACAAAUGAUGGGACUCUUGUGAACUUAUUUUUGAGACAGUUUGGUCAGAAGUCGGAGAAAACCCUUUGCAUUCUAUUGUUAAUUUUCCAGGCCAUUUGUUGCGGCUUCUGUUUUUUUCUACGGUGGAUCCUCACUGGUUGGUACAAAUGA